AUGGCGCUACCCCAAAGUGCGGACGUUCUCAUUGUUGGCGCAGGUCCUACAGGCCUUACCUGUGCGCUAUCCCUCCUCAACCAAGGAUGUUCCAAUAUUGUGAUAGUGGAUCGUUUGCAGCAAGGUAUAAAUGCCUCCCGCGCGAUCGUCAUCCAUGCGGCAACACUUGAGGCUCUCAAUCGUAUCGGCUGCGCUCAACCCGUGGUUGAAUCAGGAAGGAGUGUGUCUUCUGUAGGAUUCCUAAACGGUGGCAAAUUCUAUCGCAACAGUCGUUUUGACAAGUUGGCGCCCUACACCAAAUUCCCCAUGGCUCUCAUAAAUACCCAAACAGUCACUGAACAAAUUUUAGAAAGGACACUUCGCGAUCGUGGGGUAACGGUUCUGCGUCCAUACACUGCGAUCAACUUAAAGAGGAACGAGAGAGAUGCACAAGUCACCGAUGUAUAUUUCGAGGGCGGAGAAAUCCUGCAGACACGCUGCGUAAUCGGUGCUGACGGCGCGCGAUCUAUGGUGCGCCAAGUAACUCAUGUUGGCUUCACUGGCCUGGAUGGCGAGGAUACCGGGGAAGGAGCGACUACGUUCACCCAGAUGAUUAUCGCCGACGUGACCUUUACAGAGCCAGUCCGUCCCGUCACCGACGGAUUAGUGUUCGCAUUGUCCCCUGAUAAUGGAUGUCUGUGUGUCCGCUUACCACCGGCACCAGAUUAUCCGGAGAAAGAGGUGUAUCGCAUAGCGGCCGGUAUUCCGUCCUCACUCGGAGUUCCCCCGCCUUCCCCAUCCACAGAAUAUGUUCAGUCCCUUCUUGAUGCAUGGGGAACCGGUCUAUUUUCUACGCCUGCUAUUAUCUCCAAAACGAUCUGGGCAUCGCGAUUUAGGACCCAUUCAGCCUUAGCAGACACCUUCUUCACGCACGUUCCAGUCACGCCUGGGGACCCAUCUCCUGCAGGACGCGGCGGUGUGGUCAUCCUUCUUGGCGACGCUGCCCAUAUUCAUCCUCCAGUGGGGGGUCAGGGCAUGAAUCUUGGUAUCCGCGACGCGAUUUCGCUCGGGUCUGUCGUUGCUGCAUACCUCAAGAACGAAGACACAAGUGAUUCUGCAGCCGACGCUCCCUUACAACAGUGGGCCAUUGUGCGGCGCGAACGAGCUAUGACUGUGAUCCGUUCGGUUCAGGGGCUUCUCUGGGUGUUGACCAUACCAGAUAAGACCACCUGGUUCCUUGGAUUUAUCCCAGUGAAUUUAUAUUGGUUGCGGAAUAUAGUCAUAGCUGCCAUCGCGCGAAUUGCCUGGGUGCAAAAAAUGAUAGCGUGGAGGCUGAGUGGAUUGGCUUUCUCUGAUUAA